AUGCGACGUCGUGAUCACGCAACCGGAAUUCAUCGAGACGAUCGGAAACUUUUCUACGAAAAGUAUGACGAAAACGAUUAUGGGCCCCGAGCCAAACGCCGAGCGGCUGGGAAAGCUGUUGAAGGAGUGGCGGAAAACUUGGAAGAUACCAAGGGGCAUAGCAUCAAGGAAUGGGUUUCUAUGUUGGGUUCACGUACCGAAAUCGCUAACAGAUUUAACAGCAAGGGCCAGUAUGUCCACCGCGAUAAAGUCCGACGGAUGUGCGAACAGAACAAAUCGAGUUUUGUUAUUGCUAAUCCGGAUUUGGCGAACAGCCAACAUGCUUUGGCCUAUUUUCUUCCAGAAACACCUUUUAAAAUAUUGGAAAUUAAUGAUAAAGUUUCCAGGGAAAUGGUGUUGAGCAUCUAUCCCACACAGAUAUAA